AUGGUUUUCAAGCCAUUCAAGCCUCCUUUGAUUAGGAAACCCGAACAUGCGACCGAGAAACCUGCCGGCGAGGACCAGGAGCACCCCGCCAAAAAGCCCCGUCUUCAAAAGGAUGAUUCGGUCAUCGAGCUUGAGACGCGUCCUGGAGCCGCAAGUCGGAAACCUCUACUACAAGUCAAAAAUGUCGGCAAGGAUUCAGCGGUGAAACCAACCCCUGCAAUUAUUUCCAAGGAAGACGCUACCUUUGAAAGAUUCUUCAAUGCUCUCUGGAGAAAACCGAGCACGAAGAAAAAUAAGACAUGGGAUGGAGAUGGGGUAGUCGCAACGCGCCAGGGAUUCGUCUUCCUGCGCGAUGAUGGAGGCAAGGACAUGGGACGGUCAAUGUACGAAUCGAUAUUGGAGCCGGGGACAAUGCUCUAUAUCGGUGGAAAAGAGGUCGAGAUCGACUCCGAGAUUCCUCGCCGACAAUUUCUUACUGAGCAAAAGUUUGUCGGGGACUCGAAACCAGCCCCAGCUCCCGCUGCAGCACCCAAAAAAAUACCGGCGUCGAAAAAGACGGAGGCUCGAACUGAUUCCGGGCGAAUUUCUUCCCUGGCAUUAGUAACUGGCAGAACUCAACCAUUGAAACGGACUGCGUCGGCACUAGAUGGUGAUAGCUCCACGAAGGCACCAUCGCGUCUAGGCGCUUACAAGAGUCCCUUGAUUGAAGAUACUGUCGUCCCAGUAAGCGCCGACAAGAUAGUCCCGCGCCAUGACCCCAACGCAAAGGAUGCAUUGAUUAUGCCCCGGCCAAACCUCGUGCCCAAAGGAAAACAAAUCGUCGAUGUCGUCGUUGAUCCUCUGCUGUCCAAAAGCUUGCGACAACACCAACGAGAGGGUGUCAAGUUUCUCUACGAGUGUGUGAUGGGAAUGCGCGACUUCAAUGGCGAGGGUGCCAUUCUCGCCGACGAUAUGGGACUGGGCAAGACGCUGCAAACAAUCACUUUGUUAUGGACACUGUUAAAGCAGAAUCCCAUCUAUGGCGAGGGCCCGGUACUCAAGAAGGCCUUAAUUGUCUGCCCUGUGACUCUGAUUAAUAACUGGCGAAAAGAAUUUCGCAAAUGGCUUGGGAACGAGCGCAUUGGAGUUUUUGUUUUUGACGACAAGCGGAAACGUUUGACGGAUUUCACCAAAGGACGAGCUUACAAUAUCAUGAUUGUUGGAUAUGAGAAGCUGCGAACUGUACAAGAGGGAUUGGCAAAGGGCGCAGGCGUCGAUAUCAUCAUUGCCGAUGAAGGACACCGUCUCAAGACGUUGCAAAACAAGAGCGGACAAGCUAUCCAGUCGCUCAAUGCGGCGAAGAGGGUCAUUCUUUCAGGAACACCCAUCCAAAACGACCUACGCGAGUUCUUCGCAGCUGUCGAUCUCGUCAACCCCGGGGUGCUUGGAAACUUCAAAACAUUCAUUCGGGAGUUUGAAACCCCCAUCGUUCGAAGCCGACAGCCCGAAGCAACUAGCAAAGACAUCGAAAAGGGCGAGUCUCGAAACGAGGAGCUGCGCGAACUCACUUCCAAGUUCAUCCUUCGCAGGACUGCCGAUGUCUUAGCCAAGUAUCUCCCACCCAAGUCCGAAUAUGUGCUGUUCUGCAACCCAACUCGCGCACAGGCUAGCAUCUAUCAAGCUGUCCUUGCGUCACCCAUCUUCCAGACGGCCAUUGGCAACGCCGAAAGUGCCCUUCAGCUUAUCACCAUCCUAAAGAAACUUUGCAACAGUCCUUCUCUCCUAUCGGCCAAAAACAAUGAUAAAUCGCCUAAUGAAACUAUCACCGCCCUCUUAUCGUCUCUUCCACCAAACUUGAUGCGCCACUUCUCUCCGUCCGCAAGUGCAAAGGUCCGAGUGAUGGAUCAGCUCCUGGACAGUAUGCGCUCACAGACCUCCGAGAAGAUCGUGCUUGUCUCCAACUACACAUCUACGCUGAACCUAUUAGCCACGCUUCUUACGUCCCUCGGCCUCCCCUUCCUCCGCUUAGACGGCAGCACUCCUGCCCAGAAACGGCAACCACUUGUAGACGACUUCAACCGUCUUCCUGCUGAGACCUGCUUUGCUUUUCUGUUAUCUGCGAAGGCUGGCGGAACAGGCCUCAAUCUCAUCGGCGCGAGUCGACUCGUUCUUUUCGACGUGGACUGGAACCCGGCAACAGAUAUCCAAGCCAUGGCCCGCAUUCACCGCGACGGACAAAAGCACCAUUGCCGCAUCUAUCGCAUUGUCCUGAAGGGUAGCUUGGAAGAGAAGAUUUGGCAGCGCCAGGUCACCAAACUGGGAUUGGCCGAUAGUGUCAUGGAGCACAAAGACAGCGUCGCGCAAUUCUCCACCGCCGAGUUGCGCGAUCUGUUCCGUCUCGAUGAGGAAAGUACUUGUCAGACUCACGAUUUAUUGGGAUGUGACUGCGGAGGCAAGGGUAUUUCCUCUGGUAUCGCCACGCCCGCCGAACUGAGGCAGAACAGCGAUGCCGAGCCGAGCGAUACGGACUCAGACGAUGAUCUCCCUGAGCUUGAUUUCCAUGCUUUGAAAAAGGCAUCCGAAGUCGACAUGGAGAAACAAGAAAAGGCUAUCCGUGAGGCGUCUCGUCGCCACGCAGCAAAAGAUGAGAAGAGCAGCACGAAGAAACAAAAAGACAAGAUGCACCAGUCUCUUGCGCAGUAUUCUCACAUCAACCCGGCCUGUCUCGUUUCCGGUGCCGACGAUGCGGAAGAAGUCGCGGCUGCUGUUGAUGACGAUGUCCUCGUGUCCUUGCUCAAAGAUGAGUGCAACCGCAUUGGCUACAUUUUCAAAAAGACGAAUGGCGCCGAGGUUGAGACUCGGACGCCCCUGCCGGAAAAGUCAUAA